GCGAAGGCUGAUACUCGAGAGCGGGAGAGAAGGCAUUGCUUCUUGUUCUGUGAGCUAGGAUUCUGGAGUUGCUGUCGCGCGGACGGUCCGGAGAAGGUGAUGAAGUACGUGUUGGUGACAGGGGGAGUGGUGAGUGGGCUAGGGAAAGGGGUGACGGCGAGCAGCAUCGGAGUUCUCCUCAAGUCGUGCGGACUCCGCGUCACCUUUAUUAAAAUCGAUCCUUACCUAAACACCGAUGCUGGGACUAUGUCUCCUUUUGAGCACGGUGAGGUCUUUGUCUUAGAUGAUGGUGGCGAGGCGGACUUGGACCUAGGAAACUAUGAGCGCUUCCUUGAUAUAAAAUUAACUCGCGACAACAACAUAACUACAGGAAAAAUCUAUCAGUUUGUGUUUGACAAGGAGAGGAGGGGUGAUUAUCUCGGGAAAACUGUCCAAGUCGUGCCACAUAUCACAGAUGCCAUACAAGAGUGGAUUGAACGUGUGGCAAUGAUACCUGUGGACGGUAAAGAAGGACCAGCUGAUGUCUGCGUCAUAGAAUUGGGUGGAACUAUAGGCGAUAUGGAAUCGAUGCCAUUUAUAGAAGCUUUGGGACGGUUCUCUUAUCGUGUAGGAUCAGGAAAUUUCUGUCUAAUUCACGUCAGUCUUGUGCCAGUUCUUAAAGCAGUGGGCGAGCAGAAAACAAAGCCUACACAGCAUAGUGUUAGGAGACUACGAGGACUUGGACUAACACCAAAUAUUCUUGCCUGCCGCUGUGAAAAGCCUUUGGAUGUGAAUGUCAAAGAAAAACUUUCACAAUUUUGCCAUGUUCCUGUAGCGAACAUAGUCACUCUUCACGAUGUUGCAAACAUUUGGCACAUUCCUUUGAUGUUGAGGGAGCAAAAGACACAUGAAGCGCUUCUGAAACUACUGAAUCUUCAAGGAUAUGCUCGGGAACCCAUGUUGCAAGAAUGGAUGGGUAGAGCAAAACUCUGUGAUAAAUUGCAUGAUCCUGUCCGGAUUGCUAUGGUAGGAAAAUAUACUGGGCUUUCUGAUUCUUACCUCUCUGUAUUGAAGGCUCUUUUGCAUGCCUCUGUUGCUUGCCGUAGAAAACUUGUUGUAGAUUGGGUCCCUUCAUCUGAUCUUGAAGAAGCUACUGCAUCAGAGGCACCCACUGCACAUGAAGCUGCAUGGAGGCUAUUGAAGGGUGCUGAUGGCAUACUGGUUCCAGGAGGAUUUGGAGACAGAGGUGUGGAGGGGAAGAUCCUAGCUGCUAAAUACGCACGCGAAAACAAAGUUCCAUAUCUUGGCAUUUGUCUUGGCAUGCAGAUUGCUGUCAUCGAGUUUGCUCGUUCUGUCAUGAACUUGAAGGAGGCAAACAGCAUGGAAUUUGAUCCCGAUACAUCUACUCCCGUUGUCAUUUUUAUGCCGGAGGUCUCUAAGACUCACAUGGGAGGCACAAUGAGACUUGGAUCAAGGAGGACCUUUUUCCAGGUUGCUGAUUGCAAAUCUGCAAAGUUGUACGGUAACGUUAGCUUUGUGGAUGAGCGGCAUCGACAUAGAUACGAGGUGAAUCCCAGUUUGGUCCCAGAAUUCGAAAAACAUGGUCUUACUUUCGUUGGAAAAGACGAGACAGGUCGACGCAUGGAGAUCAUUGAGCUGCCUUCACACCCUUAUUUCCUUGGUGUUCAAUUUCAUCCAGAAUUCAAAUCACGACCGUGGAAGCCCUCUGCUGUUUUCACAGGGCUUAUAGCAGCAUCAUGCGGCCAACUGGAUGAUUGGCUGCAAGUCUCCGGCCCAAAGAACAAUAAUCUGAUCCCUCAAUCUCCAGCGAGCAAUGGCUUCUUCGCCCCUAAAUUUUAUCAAAACGGGAGCAUGAAGAAAUCUCCCAAGAGCCUAGCCAACGGAAAACUCCUUGCAAAUGGAAUUGGAAACGGGAACGAAUGGCCUGUUGCAUGCCUGUUAACUACGAGUGAUAGUAUUUAGUGCAGUCGUUCUUCCAGAUAUGUAACCUGUACAGUAGGUACUCAACCAAACCAUGCAGUAAUUAAGGAGAUGAUAUAUAUAUACACUUAACUUGGUGCGUGCCGGCACAUCGACUGUUGGUUCCAGUUUUUUAACAAGGAACGUAACAAGCAUGUGUACGUCCACGCAGCCAGAUGCCAGGAUUUCAAGUAUCAGUGUCCCCUUCUUUCGUCUAAAGAGUGUUUCAUUUUUUUGAGAGGUAAUUAAGUACCUUUUUUCCGAUCGAGUGCUAGAUAAAUAAUGUUCGAUUGUUAAUCGAAGAGUGAACUUGUUUCAGUGUGGAGGUAUUGUGUGGAAAUUAAACUGUUGUAUAACUCUAUGAUUUAUCAUAGAUAAUUGGUGUUAUUGCUUUGUC